AUGGCGCCAACUCGCCCCAACAAGAAGGCGAAGAAGAGAACGCAGAAGAAGCCCGCCAACCCGGCCCUGCUUCUCGUCGAGGCCGCGACAAAACUGCAAGAGGGUGACCUGGAGAACGCCGUCUCAGCUGCCAAGAAGGCACUUGACGGCACGGGCGUGGGUGGCGACCAUGAGCUGGCGGCGGUGAACCUCCUGGGUCUCAUCGCCAUUGAGAUGGGCGAGGUCGACGAGGCGCGGGCCUACUUCCUGCGGGCCGUCGAGCUCGACAUUGACGGAACCCUCGACGAACGUAUAGGAGGUGGACCGGAGAAGUUCCUUUGGCUCGCACAGCUCAGCGAGGAAGGCGGGCAGGACAGCGUCAACUGGUUCGACAAAGGCGCACAGUCACUCAGGGGCCAGAUCCAGCUGCUCGCGGACCUGCCGAAGCGAAGCGCCGAGCAGGAGACGCAGCUGGAGGAUCGUAAGAGGAAGCUUGGCGGGGCGCUGUGCGCCGUGGCCGAGGUGUACAUGACGGAUUUGUCGUGGGAGGCGGACGCGGAGCAGCGGUGUGAGGCGCUCAUCACCGAGGCGGGUCUGGUCGCGCCAGAAUCAGCGGAGACAUGGCAGACAGUGGCGAACGUGAGAAUAUCACAGGAAAAGGUAGAAGAGGCGCGGGCGGCGCUGGCGAGAAGCCUGGAGCUGUGGGUGAACCUACCGCCGCUGGAUCCGAACGUGCCGGAUUUCCCGACGAGAAUCAGUCUAGUGCGCUUGCUUCUCGAGGUGGAGAUGGAGAAGGAGGCGAUCGAGGUACUCGAGAGGCUCGUGGGCGACGACGACCAGAGCGUGGAGGCGUGGUACCUGGGCGGCUGGGCCUUGUUCAUCAUCGGCGAGAAGGUCAAGGGCAAGGACGAGAGCCAGCUAGACGAGGACGAUGAGGACUGGAAGUCAACAUGGGACACGUCGAGGCGGUGGCUGAUGCGAUGUCAAAAGCUUUACCGGGAGCAGGAGUACGAGGACGAGCGGCUGGGCGAGCACGCCAAGGAGCUCCUCGCCUCCAUCAAUAAGGAGCUCGGCGACCCACCAGCGGAGGAUGAGGAUGACGGCUGGGAAGAUGCCGGCAGCGACGAGGAUGAGGCGAUGGAAGGGUGA